GCGACACGAAACUGCGUAGAUGUUUGUGAAACAUCCUGUUGGAAGACCUGGCAGGUCGGGCCACAUGAAAGUUUGGGGAUUAUAACAACGUGCGAUAACAGAAUUGGAAGAAGGUUGACAGACGAUAACCACCAGCUGUGAGUUAGCUACCAUACAUCAUUGACCUGCAGACAAACAUUGUAACACAUUGUUCAUUCUUAGUGCAGAGGGUGAGCAUUCAAGCGUAAACACCACGUGAUCACUACACACGUUGACGGAAAACAGAAUCACCGGAAGGAAGUCGGUUUAUGAAACUGUGGCAUUAAAUAAGGAACACUGUAAGAUGUAGAUAUAACAGCUUUGAAGUUCCCUGUCACAAGUGUAUAGAAAAGCGGAUCAUUAUUUUCAAAAACCAAGAGCAGGUUGAUUGAAAUUUCUCACAUCUCUGUGUGACAGGGUGUGUGUGUGUGAAAUGCGACAUCGACGACAAAACUGUUCGACGAAGCCGGGAAUGACAAAAUGUUCCGUGGAGGUGCCAACACUCGAGAAAACAUGUCUGCGAGAGGUCAUAGGGGGAGCAGUCCUUAUCUCCGCCUCUACCGAAGGAACGAAAGAGGAAGUUACUCACACCACACUGGUUCCCAGCGCUUUGACUGUGUUCCUCCUCCCGUUCCUUGGUGUUCCUCCUCUUAUAAUCAACGCCACCCACGCUUUUACCCUCCAGUCACCACAUCAUCUCAUGGUCAGACUUUCUGGGAGUGGGGUAGUGCAUGGAGACCGGAGUACAAUCAACACAACACCUCAGCUCCUAGUCUGUGGCAUCAACAAACCGGGAUAAGACAGGUUGUUAGACCCCCACAGUUGACAGGCUCCACUGUUAGACCCUCACAGUUGACAGGCUUCACUGUCAGAUCCUCACAGUUGACAAACUCCACUGUCAGACCCUCACAGUUGACAAGCUCCACUGUCAAAACCCCAGAGUUGAAAAGUUCCAGUGCUAGAGAUUCCCAAUUGACAAGCUCCACUGUCAAAACCCCAGAGUUGAAAAGUUCCAGUGUUCCAAACACACAGUUGACAACUUCAGAAGUUUCUGGUCUUAGCAACCCUACUCCUGAUAACAAAAGGAAGAAGCACAGACAGGGAACUCGGAUCGAGUCCACGGAGGGAGAGGAGUCAUCUCAAAAAAAAAUUUACUGGAAAAAGUUCUUCGCGGAACAGAUGAGACAAGAUACUACUGAGAGAUUCCCGAAUCUUCUCAGCGGGACAUACUUCAUUCCCAACGACCACUUCUACAGACUGAAGUACAGAAAGAUUGAUGAAAAUGAAAACCUUCCAAGCGAUGUGCACGUGCUUGAUAAGAGCCUCACUUCCGAUCUCAGCUGCAGUCGUGCAGAACUCCUCGUCAGACUCUGCUUGAUGCACAUUGGGGAAUGUGUUCAGGAUCCCAUGGUUGUCCUCUUUAACUAUUCCUAUGAUAAUUACCUCAACAAAGUCAGUGGUACUCACCAGGACAGUAAUGAAAACACUUCUGACAAGCAAUCUCCCCAGUGUCCUUUGGAAGGUCCAGAUAAAACCCAGUGUCCCUUCACACUGAGACAGCUUUUCCCUUCUACAAAUGACAAUUAUGGGGCCCCAAGCAAGGGGAACCUGUCUGAAGAGGCUAAACAGGGUAAAGGGGGACCCAAGGAGACUUUGAUGUGCUGGUGGUCAGCAGGAGACACGGGUUUGUCAUCAUGGAGAUAAAAAGUAUCGGCGACCAGGGUGUCAUUCCGGAGAAGGCGGCGCAGGUGACAGGCGUACCCGACAGUAAGAUCAAGGAAAGGAUCGAAAAAGCAGUCCAGGAACAGUUGCCAAAAUCAGAGAAUCUUCUUCGCCAUUUGUUUUCUGACCUCCCGAAAAGGUCCGGGUCAUUAAGGUCUUGGCUGUGCCAUGUCUGAAGAGAAGUCGUCUGAGAUCUGUUGCAGAAGACAACCCUGACCUGCUGAAGCUCUUAUGUCCACGUGUCCACGAUAGUCCAUCAGACAGCCUGGAAGCAGCCCUGGAUCACUGUCUCAGUGAGGAAGACAUCGGGUUUCUUCAAGGUGUCUGCAAGAUGGGUACUGUCUGGUCAACAAAGUCGUCUACUCAAGAUCCUCUGGUCUCUUGGUGGGAAAAUGUUACGAGGAGAGAAACCUUAAAUGAAGACGAACUUCAAAACAACUCAGAUUUGUUGAUAUCAGAAGAUUCCUACCAACAGAUCAUAUCAAGAUUUAUCGGGAUGUACUCAACAGUAGAAGCUGAUGUUCAAAUAGACAAACAGCGCGAUUUUCAAAGGGACGAGGCUCGAACCCUCGGGGAAUGUAUCAACCUGACAGGAGUCCAGUUUGGGAGCAGCAUCCUCUUUCCAGCUCAGAAGACCAUCCUGGACCGCGAUGACCAGUUCCUUUGUCUGACCGGACCUCCAGGAUCUGGAAAGACAUUGGUACUCGGAGUAAAGGCUUUGAAGUGGGCAAGAGAUGGACACCAUGUCAUCAUCGUCUGCAUUCAAGGUGUCCACUACGGUACCCUAGUGUCUUUGACCCUUCACAGACAGGUGAGACACUGGGCUCAACACCAAGCUCAGGACCUGUCUGGACUCGUACACAUCGAGAGGCUUUCUCUGGAGACGGAUGUGGAAGAUUUUGUUCAAAAUUUGUUGCAUAAACACAAAGGACAAGCUCUGAAGUUUGUUAUCGACGAAAUACCAAAGGAAGUGACAAAAGACACUUAUAGUAAAAAACUCAGUUUCUGUGUUGACACUCUGAAUGAGGUUUUACUUAAAAUGAAGGCUCUAUCUUUAUUACCGAACCAAUCAGCAAAGACACCACUGGACAUGAAUACGACUCAUAGUUCCUCCCCAAAGGAGACGCCUGAUGAUGUACUAAAGAAAAUCGAGAAAGCACUGGAUUUAUUAGGAAGACGAAUGAACUGUUUGAAGGUAAAAGAGACUGAAAAGUUCUUACCCAUCUUAGAUGAUGAAUGGAAAUCUCGCCUUCAGGAGAUUGAGAUACUUUGGGCACAAAUAGUGGAUCAAAAGAGUGUUGUCACGGCAACAAUGACUAGACCAGGCAGUCUACAAGAAAUAUUCACUCAGCUGUACUCCGUGCUUGGGUCCUUGUACAACCUUUAUGCCUCUUGCUACUGGCUGAUCUUUCCCAAACUCAUCGAGGUUCUCGUGAGAGAAGGAAGAGAAAAGAAGGUUGAUGUCUCUGUCUGGACGUCUGGAUUGUUUCCCUUUCAAACCCAAGAUUUCAAUGUGGCAAAGCUCGAGCUGUGUGUAAGAUGUCCUCCUACAGUCCAGACUCUUCUGGAAUUACUGGAUAAGGAAGCCCAUUCUCAGGCAAAGUUGACAUUCAUGUACCAUAACCUCCUGGCUUUUCACAACCCACCUCUGCCCUCCACGGGACAGCAAAUUAAGCUGUUUGAUCACACUGAUCACGUGGCGCGGUUCACAGAGGUCAGCGACUGCGCCGAGUGUGGUCAGGCACUGUUGACCUACUUGACAGAAACACUACAUGUUGGCGGCAGUGGACCUCUGCAACCCCAUGAUGUCUUCAUCUGUGGAAGUCAGGUGGUUGCAGAUGAUGACUGUGCUUUUCUCAAAUCAUUGAAGCAGACAUUCAGCAUCAAACAGGAGUGCCAAGAGCUUGACUCCCCUCCUCCCUAUGACGGGAGUAUAGUUUCUCACAGGUGGAAGCAUUCUGCAAGGUCUGGAGUGCAAGGUGGUGGUGUAUGUUCCAGACAUCAAAUAUGUUCUUGCAGGACGAGGGGAGGGGCUGAAGGACAGCGAGCCCAGGGCCGAUCUUCCGGACUGGCUGCAACACCUGGGCACGUGGAACAGGAGACAGCUGUGGUUCGUCGCCUCGCGCACUCUCUCUCACUUGAUUGUGUUUGUCUGCGACAGUAAAACAAAGUCUUCCAGUUUGUGAUGAGAGAGAAUGGACUGAUAUGGACAACUAUGUACAAGAGAGAGACAGAACAAUCUUUAAAGGGAUGCUAAAGGCAAAAUAAAACUGCUUAGAAUCGCGUACAGAGUAGGAUAAAUUAGAAUCUCGUCUAUUUAUAUGUGUGUUCAUGUGGAAAACGU